UUUAAUGUUUCAUGAGUUAGCAAGCGCCUAUCCAGACUAUGCACAGUAUUAAACCACACCCGCAUUGCAGUAGCAUAUUGCGAAUUGAUUUUAUUCCUGGGAAGAGGGGCUGAUGCUUAUUUGGAUUUGAUGUCUCAUAACACUUUUGUAAUAUUCUGAUACUUAAUAUUUUUUCUGGUAUUGAACUCGUGAAAGGAUGACGGAGCCGGACGAGAACAGUAAUUAGUAGCAUCGCGAGGGUCUUAACCUAUGCUCCUGCGCACAAUUUAUUCUGUGGUAGCGAUGUGCCAACAUGGCGAAGUUCGUAGAAAGUGUUUUAAUUGUAAUCUUGGUGUACGCAUUAAGUGAACAAAUUACUGCCUUUUCUCUAACUCCUGCAGACUGGCGAUUAUAUGAUGACCUGAAAGCAGGCCGUGGGUUAUAUAACAGUGACAAUCAAGUUACUGUACUGAAUGCAACAAGUUUUAAAAGUAGUGUGUUUGGAACAAAAAACGCGUGGAUCAUUGAAUUUUAUAACAGUUGGUGUGGAUUUUGCCAUCGAUUUGCUCCAAUCUGGAAGUCUUUAGCAACAAAUAUAUAUGACUGGAAAGAUGUCAUAACUGUUGCAGCUGUGGAUUGUGCAAAUGAUGACAAUAACCCACUAUGUCGUGAGUAUGAAAUAAUGCAUUAUCCAAUGCUAAAGUUCUUUCCAGCUAAUUCAAAGCCAGAUAAUAUGGGAGUUACUGUGAGUAAAGGAAAGAAUGUUGAAGAGAUACGAUCAACUAUUGUUGAAAUAUUAAAAAAAGAGCAUAUGGAGGGUAGGGGGCCCAGUUGGCCAAACAUUACACCAUACAGAAACAGUGAUAUUAAGAAUGUGUGGAAGUAUGUUCCUAAAUCAGUGAAGUUUAUGAUUUUAAUAUUUGAAGACAUUGAUUCCUUUGUUGGAACAGAAGUUAUAUUAGAUCUUCAUCAAAUAGACAGUGUUCAGUUGAGGUCUGUGCUUAAUCAGAAUGAAGCUCUGUCUAAACUUAUGGGUGUGUCUACAUUUCCAAGCAUGGUGGUUGUUCAGUCUAACAUGAUGACAUUUCCACUGAGUGUUGGUGAUAAAACACGAGAAUCUUUUCGCAAAUCAAUAAAAAGUUUUCUGAAAUCAAGACAUAUAAUUGUACCAAAGGAAGAAAUACCGAAAUCUCCUGAGGAGCCACAAAAUAGGGAAAUUUCUGAUUUAUUGGCAUUAAUUGCAGCAGAGGAAGAAAAGAAAAAAAAGCUUGACGUCAAACAAAUGGGGGAUGUUGUUUUCUAUGUGGACCUAGAGAGGGCAGUCUCUUACAGUUUGAAGCAUGAGGUUCCUUCAUACAAACUGAUUUCAGGAGAGGCUUUCACAGCACUGAAAAAUUACUUGAACGUUCUUGUGAAGUACCUUCCAUUCAGUGGUAAAGCUUUGAAUGUCUUGAAUAAUUUUAAGAAAAGCAUUUUUAAACAUACAAAUGAGAUAAGAGGAGAAAAGGUAUUGGAAUAUUUAAAUAUGUUUGAUAAUGGUGCAGAGUCUGUGUUUUCAUUGCAUGACUGGAUUGGAUGUAAAGGAAGCAAGCCACAGUACCGUGGAUAUCCAUGUAGCUUGUGGACUCUGUUUCACACACUCACUGUGAAUGCAAUGAUUCAGAACCAGCAGUUGGGCAGCCUAGAGGUCCUCAAUGCAAUGUUAGGUUAUGUAACAUACUUUUUCGGAUGUGAAGAUUGUUCCAAACAUUUCCAAGAGAUGGCAGCCAGAUCAGUGCAUGAAGUAUCAAGCCUACAGGACAGUGUCUUGUGGUUGUGGAAAGCCCAUAAUGAGGCAAACAAUCGCCUGUCUGGUGAUGAAACAGAGGAUCCAGAGCAUGUAAAAAUUCAGUUUCCAUCUCUCAACACAUGCCCAUCAUGUAGGAACAAAGAUGACAGUUGGAAUACUGAUGAGGUCCUGAAUCAUCUCAAAAAUAUGUAUGGCAAGCAGAACAUAAGCUACGUGGGUGUUGAGAAGGAGAACGUUUAUUCUGAUGAGGAAUCAGUUUUUGUUUUAAAUGAGGGGAAGAAGAAACGAUUUGGGUGGAAUUUUAACAUUUUUGACAUUAGUUUGUGUGUAGUAUUGUAUGCUUUUUCAGCUACCAUUUUAAUACUAGUAUGUAUAAAAUUUAUUAUGAGAAGAGGGUAUCGGAAAAAGUUGUACAUGUAUGAUAUAUUGGGUAAAGUGUAAUAUCAUUUCUUAUAAUAGACCAUUGUUAAUGUACUUUGUACAUCAUACAACAACUCAUAUGCAUUUAGGACUCUGAUUUUGGCAGUGGAUCAUUUAAAGUGGGCCUAUGUGUCUUGUCUCUAAAGUGUGUGGAGCAGGGGUUUCAACCUAUGGGCCACAUGCUGCUCCCCUCUCAUUAUUGUGCUUUGUGCAUCCUGCAAACAUUUUUUGUAAUGUUGUGUAAUUCUGUGUGAUGAAAAGUAGGUACCUGAUGUCAAAAAAACAUUCUCUUAAUGUCGUCAGUAUUUGGCAGUAACUGUUACUGUAAUCAACUGUUCAGCUUAAUGAAGAACAUCAAAUCAAGAACUAGGAUGUAUCUUACAUUAACAUUUGUAGGAGGGAUGCAUGUGAAUCUCAGAAAUGUUAAUUAAACCUGAUAUUGAAAGACUACUCAAUCAUAAGUAGUGUCAAAUAUGUCACUUAUGACUGGUUUUGUUAAGCUGUUUGCAGUUGUAGGCUUAAUUCAGUACCAAUCUUAAUGAAUUGUCAUAUAUAAGAAAGGGUGAGAGGCCCCAAGUGUAGAAGUUACGAACUCUUGGUAUAGACAAUGAAUCCACUGUGUAUAAUCUGUGAUAGUUGUCCACAGUGCCUUCUUAUAUAUGUUUUACAUAGAUACAUCACAAGAGUGAACAUACCAAAGACUGAAAUAAUCGUGUGCCGUCUAGAUUUAUUUCAUGGUAUACCUUUAAUUUAGGAAUGAAUUCUAGGCAGGGAAAGUACAGUAAAAUGGAAUUCUUUUAUUUGAUUGAAGAAACCUUUUGGUCUUAUUAUUAUUGCAUGUUUAUUUGUUGAUUUCAUAUAAAAUACCUUGCAUGUAAUAACUACAUGUAUAAUUGUUAUUAUGUCCAUAUUAGAAAACAUGGUUAUGAAAUAAUUUAACUAUGUGUGUGUGAAUUCCAAAAUUUAAUUAUAUUGCUGAAGCACUGAAUACUGCUAUAAAAAUGAAGGAAUAUAAACUAAAUUUCUUGUAAUAUUUCGUAGAAUGUUUAAAUGAAAUGUAUCAAGAUCGGCAUUUAACGAAGGAACAUGCUAUUCAGGUUAUAUCGAAUACAUUCCAAAAUACUGUCAGCUGCUUUCUUAUUGAAAAGUUUGACUCAGUAUUGCUAGGUCACACCUAGCUACAUGUCUCACAUUAGGGUGGUUUCCUUCAACUGAAACAAUACAAUUUUUAGUAGUAUUUAUAUUUAGUAAAUAUCAGGAAAGUGUCAACACUAAUUUCUUAAUGGUCUUUUGACAUAUGGGCUUUGGUAAUGUAGUGUACUAUUUUAUAGUAAUCAGUUAUGUGUCAAAAUUGAAACAAUAAAAGGCAUGAACAAUGAAAAGAAGUAUAAUGCAAAAUUGACCUACUUUUAGCAUAUACACAUAAUGCAUCACAAACUACUCAUGCUGAUGUCACAGUCAUAAUUUUAGCUGUUGUAGGUACCACAGUGUACUUUAUGAUAUGAAUAGGUUCAGUCUUUAUUUACCCUGUAAAUGACUGCAUCCCAAACAUCUCAUCAUAAAAUGUAAAGGGUGGCAGAAACAUGAAAAAGGAAGAUUUGUAGAGAAUCUUAAGUUUUUAUCUCCCCCUCAACAGUUGCAUGUGGUGUUAUAACCAUCAUUAAAUUUGACAAGUGAAGAAAAUUAAAAGAAAAAUUCAUUUAUAAUCUGCAGACUGAAUUAACUACAUUCAUAAUUGUAAGUGUAUUGUACAGUUUGAUAUUUAUAGUUUUAAGAUGCUGUCUUACGUCAAAUACUAUAUACCAAUAGAAACCAUUGUUUGAUGUGAGAAAACUUGCUUCUUGUACAAGCAAUAUACAUUAAAUGUAAUUUAGACAAUGUGACAGGUUGGUUUCAGGCCAUCUGAAGAGGAGGAGGGGUGGCAUCCCUCUGUACUUUCAGUGUUGAUUGAAGUGCGUGGUUAUUCCUACCCGUAACAUUUCUUGAUGUGAAAUAGAAUCAGGAAUGUGAAAGAGCUUGAGAAUGGUCAGAAAUAGUAAGUAUAUGGGAGGAACAAAAUUCUGGUUGGAAAACCUAAAGGAGAGAAGCUUGUGCAUAUAAGUUGAUUGAUAGUCAGUACGCAGACUUGUGUAAAUAGUCAUGUAGAUAUUGUUAAGCUGAGUGAUUUUAUAUCUUUGCUGUAGUUAAUCCUUAUUCCUAAGUUAUAUAAAAUGCACUACAUUCUGUAAGAAUAUGUUAUUAUGUCUAAUCACUGUAAUGUAGCCAGACAUGCCAAGUUUUAUUGACAACAUUGUAUCGGUACCAGAGCACACCAUUUUGCUUUCAAAUUGAACUUCCUUUUGGAUCAUCAUCUUUGAUUUGUAGGAUUAACAAACUUUAGAGCAUAUCAAGAUACAGAUUUCCAGUGAUAUUUCUUAUAAAGAAACAAAAUUGCUAAAUGACUAAUUAAACUUUACUGUAACCUUUUAAAUUGCCAGUGUAUAACUCAGCAAGGCCGUGUUAUUUUUGUGACGCUGUCCCACCACAUGCCAUUUAGGUGCUUGAGAGAAGAGGAUGUAUAGCUCCUACUCAUUCUUCACCUCGUCACUAGAUGGGAGUGAGUUGUCAGCAUCACGCCCCAGCCGUGCUUUACCCCUGGGAAAGGAUCCUGGUACCCAUUGGGUAGGAGGCUGGGUGGGCCCCAGAACUGGACGCAGAGGCUAGAGGAAAAAUCCUCUUCCCUUGUUGGGGAUCGGACCCUGGUCAUCCAGUCUGUAGCCAGUCACUAUACUGACUAAGCUACUGUGGCUCAUAAGUUAUUUUUGUGGGUAUUUAAAUUUAUGUACAGACAUUCACAAGGAAUGCCUAAACUUGCCGCCAAUUAAUUGGCUAUAUAUAUAUAUAUAUAUAUAUAUAUAUAUUCACAUACAGCAGCCAGUAUACUGGUCACAGGUAUUUUAAAGGUUAAUUACUAAGGUAGUUAAUUGGACAAGGCCUGACCUCUGUAUUUACCAUACCAGACCUGUCAACAGUGAACUCAUUUUUGUGGGUAUUUGUCAAAGAUAAGUGUGUAUACAAGCAACACCUGCUAAUAAACAUAAAGAACAACUUUGUAUAAACUAUUACAGCAUGUUUAUAUAUGUUGAUGGCUUCAGAAAUAGUUAAUAACAAGCUUGGUAGGUGUAUUACAUAUUGGAAUACACACAUUAUCCUCAUGCAUUUAGCAGUAUUAAAUCUGCCUUGUUUGAUAGUUCCUACAUUGGCCACCAGAUUAUCUACUUUAUGGCGUUUAUCAUCUGUCAUUUUGUUAUCACCUCUCCUAGGAUAUUCAUAAGCACAAUUUUGAGGUUGUGCAAAAUAACUUAACUUCCACGUCAAAUUUCACUCAAAUUCAUCCAGUGGUUCUCAUGUAGAAUUAACUGGACAGACUGACACAACCAGCCCAUAAUGCAUUCUCCCUAUGCUCUUUGUGCAAAGAAUGCAAAAAAACUGGCUGUGAGUAUAACAGUGUCCUAUGAAGCAUGUUAUAUGACCAGGGGUAAGCAAAUUUUGUGAAUUGCUUAAUACAGUACGCGACUGUAAUCUUGACACUUGCAAGUAAUGCAGGAAGUCCGAAGCGUUGAAGGCUGAUGCUAUCUUUCCUCCUUCACCCCACUUCCUCGCCCCACAAGUCUCAAGAUUACAGUCACAAACUAUAUAUAUAUAUAUAUUUCUGGAGCCCUGAUGGAAAAGAUUGUUGUGGAUGUCUGCACAAUCUUGUCUGGCAGCAACAUUGAAAUGUUGUAGCCACUAAAAGUUAUGUCUGAUUAUGUUACAGUAAGGCUGGCUUCGAGAUACAUCCAAGAAACGUGUGUGUUGAAGAAAGCUUUUAACUUUAAGUUUUUGAUACAGGGCUUCUGUUCAAGGUGACAAUACUUGCUGAUUCUGCAUCAUUGGUCAGUAAUGGCAGCAUACAGUUUUCUAGGAAUAUAUCUUUGACUUUACUGCUAGUAUUAUGUGACUUAGGCUGUAUAAUUCACUUUAAAAUGUUAAAAUACCUUGUUCCAUUUAUUUGUUAAGUGGCUUUGGAAAAUAUACACUCUUGUGAUUGUGUGUGACUCAGUUUAUAAUAAUUUAAUGUGAUUGUAAAACAGUUCUCAGUAUCAUGAAAAAUGCAUUUAUUAACUACAAAAUGUAAUUCAGAAUUAUCGUGUUUAUCAUUCUAGUCAGUGCUUGAUUGAUAGAAGGAUUGGGGAGAUUUAGAGAAUAAGAAAUUACAAAGCAUUAUGAAUUUCUACAGCUCAUUGAAGGAUACAGUUUCACAAGACAUUGAAUGUGUUGACCUAUUCUCUGAAAUGUGAGUACUUCAAAAAUUUUUGUAUGUUGGUACUAUAAAUUUAUAAUUCAGCAAUGCCAUUUAAUGUCCUGGAUUUUUGUGUGGAUGGUCAUAUGAUGAAAUCCUGGUUGUCAUAAAUUAUUUUUAUUGUUUGCUGUUGUAAAUGUUACAGAUUGUUUUUGUUAUUAUACUGUUACUGUUAAUAGUGAUUGAAGAUAUUAUUGGGGGGGGGGGGUGUUGCUUAAGUACUUGAUUUUCUGUGCAUAAACGAGCAGACUUAACCUCAGAAAAUUCACACGUCACUGUUUGUAGUUGUCACAUUAUAAAUAAUAUUGUAUACAAAAUCUGUAAAUAUGUUUGAACUGUCACCGUACCAUAUGACAUGUGCCUAGUUCCAGUGGUUCAUUAGUUAUCAUCAAACCAAAAGCUUAAUAUGGAUUUUAUGCAGUUUCCAGAUUGUUUUACUUUCCACAAAGGAAUUAUGUAAACAAAAGUUUAUAUUUCUCAAAGAUCAUUUCAGGCCCUACAUAAGCAGUACUAGUGUCAUUCCCACCUCACAAGUUUGUGGGUCUCCUGUUUAUAAUUUCUGACUGUAGGAAAUUGAAAUAUAUAAUGUGUGGAUGGUCACCAGUUUCAUACCCUUCUUAAUGGAUUUUGUGUAAAUCAAGUCAGUUGGUUCAAAGUUGAAAGUGAGGGGAUACACAGACAGCAUGAUGAUUUUGUAAGCAAGCAUUUUUCCUUAAGAAAAUCAGACUAAAAUCACAACAGAGAAUAGGCCAAUAUUUUGUUGUAUUCUUCUUUGAAUGCAAUAUAAAAUAUAUUUUUUUGUGGUGCUGGAACUCAUGGGUUUUCUCUCUAUAAUUUUAAAUGCCACAAUUAUUGAUAUACCCAGGCCUCACAUCUCCCAAGGACCAGCCUUUAUUAUGUAAUUGAUUGUACAUUUGUACAUUCUUUUGCGUCUUAAAAUUUGUAAAGUUAAUUUGUGCUUAGCCUGUAUAAGAGCUGAAAUGGACAUGACUACAGGAGAUAUGAAAUCCCUUCUGUUUGCAAUUGCUAUGGCUGAUGUCUUCAUCAUACAUUCCUUUUGCUGUGUUAGAAUAUUGAUAUGUACAAUGAAUGACUGAUCCAGGCUACAGUAUUACUGGUUGAUUGGUUGGUGGAUGGAUAAACCUGAGGGGUUAAUAUUAUAACUUGUGUUUUUACUUAGAUGUGUAUUAUUCUGUAUGUGAUAUAUUAGUGCCAAGUGGUGGACUUCUUAGCUGGGAAAGUAAGACAUAUAUUUAAUAAAUUUACAAAUAGGGUACUGGUGUGAAUAUUCACUUUCAAGUUAACUAAGGUUGGCUUUGAUUUUAUCAGUGGUACCAGCAUUUCUUUGAAAAACACUGUACUCAUUGCAAGCACAAAUUGUAUUUAAAUCAGGGGAUAUAUAACAUGUAUUUAAAGGAGCAAAUGCUCUUAUUAUACUUCUAUAAAAUUGUGUCAAAAAAGCUGUCUGAUCUGUGAAAAUGUAAUUGUAUUUGUCUUGUAAUUUUAAAAUAUAUGUCUUUAAAUUAACAGAUGAUUUGAAGGAUGUGUAACUGUUUUUUUUACACAUAUGAAAAACUUGUGUAUUAUAAGUAAAUAAUUACACCUCCUUUAAAAUGCCCACUAAAUUUAUGGAAAUUUUGAAGGCAUGUUAUUUAUUUAUAAUAAAUAUGAAAAAUGUAUGUCUAUAAAACAGGCACACAGCUUGAAAGAUUUUCACAUGUAGUCACAGACAUUCAUAUGUAAAUGUUUGAUUAAUUUUUUAAAAUGUUAUGCUAAUCUAUGUACGAAAUAAGCAGUGACAGGCAAAUCCAUUGAAAGAUAGUUUAAAUGAUAUAACUUCAUAUUUAUUUGUAAUUUAGUUUAUUAGUUGCUGGUCAUUGAUGGUUUAUGGUACUGAGUGUAUAACAUUCCAUAUUAUAACUAUAGUGUGUUGUGGGUUUUCUUUGUUGUAAUUAAAAUUGUAACUAUUUUCAAAGAUAUAAUAGGAAGCUGUAUGUCCUGCAAGUUUCCCCUUUGAUGUGAUGUAGGUCUUCUAACAUAUGUGCAAUGGGAAGCCCCCCCCCCCCUUUCAGUUCUCUGAGUAAGUGAAAGAUUUCCAGUGCGAACACUGGCUGCGUAGUACAAGUACAGGGUUAUACAACAAAAUUAUUGCUAGCAUUGAAUUAAGGUGAAUGUGGAAGUGGUUGUGGACUAUUUUAAGGUACUGCCCAGCACUUGCCUGAAUAAAAUGAGGAAAACUGUGAAAAACCUUAGUCUCUAAGCCUAAAUUUGAAUCAGGUACCUCCUAAAUGUGAGCUGAAUUUGUUACCAUUACAAAUCAGUGAUAACUUCAAGGUAAAUUGUAAUUUUAUGAUUUCAUGCAUUAGAUAGAAUGGAAACAUUACUACAAAUGACUGUACAUUAAGUGAAAUGAGAUUAAUUAUAAAUUUUGCAAAAUAUAGGAGAACAGAUAAAGAAAGAAAGAGACAUUUCUCAUAUUAAUGAGAAGGUAGCUGUAGGAAGAAAUGAGUAAAAGAAGAUGGGAAGAAGAGCUGUAGGUGCAACAGGCAUUAGUGCCUAAAGCAUGCAAGAAGGUGACUACAUGUCAAAGGGAUCAUGAUAUGAUGGGGAGUUUCAUUACCUCCAAGCAGUUCUUUUGAGGCAGAGAGGACUUUGGACUUACAGUUGUAAUGAUUAUAAAUAGGGUGCUGAGAAACAUUAAGAAUGUAGGAAACUCCAUUAUGUAUUCAGUAAUUUAUGGUGGUCAUCUCAUGUUGUUAAGGAGAUAAGAUCAAAGAUGGGAUGGCAGGAAAUGGAGCACACAUGAGAGAGAUGACAGCCUGCAAAAUUUUGGUCAGAAAACAUGGGGAUAAUGUAAGCCAUACACAUGAAUGGAUAAAGGUUGCCCUUGUGCCUAAGCACCAUACUAUGAAGGAGUGUAGGGGGAGAUGAGAUGAGACUUUGUGCUGUAGCUGCUUUACUCUUAGGACAGGAGUUCCCAGUUCCUACUGAAAAGGAGACAGGGUGUCUCAGAAUACUUCAAGUGGUUAUAAAAAGAAAAUUUCAGCUCCUGUUGCUGGGAAUUGAACCUCAGUCCAAUUCAUAGCCAGACUCUGCUAGUUCAGCUCAUGUGAUAUUAAAAUGGAUCAUAGAAAGGAAGAUGUUAUGAAUAUGAGAAGCUCAGAAUAGGCUUCGGUAAGAUACCCCAUCAUAGUUCAUAAUAGAAUUUCUCAGUCAGCUAAAUGAAUGUUAAACUGGUCAAGGAAGAUUAUAAUGACCUAGUUAGUAAAAGUUGAAAUGAGUUACUAAAGGACUUUACAUUUUUUGGAAUCAUUUUCCACUUUGCUGUACAACCACACAAGCUGCAGCUCAAAGCAGUCAUUUUAUUUGUAUUACUUUUUUUAUGAUAUAGCCUUAGAUUUUAUUUCUAUAUAUUCCCAUUUUGUACACUGUCACUGUUCUUUCUUCCCUAAGUUCAUCCUGUGCAUUUAGCAGGUUAGCUGUAUGUUAACACAUCUGACCAGUAUCAAGGUGUGUGUGUUGUAUAUGUAUGAAUUCUGAUGUUCAGUAUCUGCAGUAUAUGGUGAAGACCUGUUAGUUUGUUACAUGAUGCAUUUAAAAUUCAUGUCUACCCUACUUCAGCAGACUUGCAGGACUGUGUAAAUAGGGAAGUAUAAUGAAUAUUGUUAAUAAAUCAGCUAUGAAAGUCUUGUAAUGAAGUUA